AUGGAGCGCGUAAAGGAUCCGUCCACGGCCGAACGGGCUCAAGCAAACGUGGAACGGCUCCGCUGCGGUGAUGCUACCAGAGCUAAAUUUUUGCUUGGCUCCUUAAGGUACACUCUCUUGACCCACGGCGGUCGCAUCCUUCCACCCACAGGCUCUGAUUGGAAUUUGCGCGCUCUUCCGGCCUCGCUAGUGGAGCGCAAAAGUGAGCUUCAACAAUUCUUCUUUCCCUCACCGUUGGCUCUUGCGGAGCAGACAUCUCCGGUCAAAUCCCAACUAUCCCGUCACUAG